AAGUCGAAGAUGGCAGAGCCUGAAAGCACAGUCAUAAACACCGAUGUGAAACAGAAAGAUCUCAGUGAGGCACUCGUCAUUGCAGUGACCACCAGAGCCAUCUUCAGCUUGGAGGAAGAGCACAAGCUUUACCUAGAGAAGGGCAAGGAGGAGUACACAAGGCACCAGCAGGCCAACCAGGACAAGCCCCUGCCACCGGGCACAGCUUUUGCCUUCAUCCAGGCAGUGCAGCUUGUGAACAAGAAGAUCCUGGAGAGCAACCCAGCAGAGAAGGACCUCUUUGAUAUCGUGGUGCUCUCAAACAACAGCCCUGAGAGCGGUGUGCGCAUCAUCAACAGUGCCAAGCACUAUGGCCUGGAAAUCUCCAAGUUCUGCUUCGUCAGCAAUGAAGACUCUACACAGUACCUGAAGUCCCACAGGGUCAAGCUCUUCCUCUCAGCUGACAGGACAGACGUCUGCAAUGCUCUCCGGAGAGGCGUCUCGGCAGCGCUCGUCUUUCAGCAGGAGGUGCAGGCCCCCAGCACCCCACUCCGUGUGGUGUUCGAUGGGGAUGCUGUGCUCUUCUCCAGUGAGACAGACCAGAUCUUCCAAGAGCAGGGGCUGGAGGAGGCAGUGCAGUAUGAGCAAGCAAUGGAGGAUGUGCCUAUGGGAGAGGGUCCCCUGAAGGCUUUUGCCAUGCACCUUGGGAAGAUGCGCAAGAAAUUCAGCCAGGAAAAAUCCCCCAUCCGCACCUACCUGGUGACCGCCCGCAGUGGCCGGGACAUGGGCAUCCGAGCCAUCAAGACACUCCGGGAAUGGGGUCUGGAAAUCGAUGAGGCUUUCUUCAUGGACGGGGCUCCCAAGGGCCCCAUCCUCGCCCAGAUCCAGCCUCACAUUUUCUUUGAUGAUGGGCUUCAUAACAUCCAGGGAGCUCAGAAUGUGGGUGUACCUUCUGCCUGGGUCCCCUCCUGCUGCUGA